AUGGCCUUUCAGGCUGGCCCGACUGUACCACGCCAGAUUCUCCGCAAUGUGAGCCAGGAAGCGGCUUCGAGUUCCAUUGACACAACACGUCGACCCCAAGUCGAAGACUCACAAGAAUGGAUUCUGUUCUCGCCUUCACAAGUUGGAUCGAGUACAGACAGAUCAAGCCAGACCGUCGGACACUCACGAACGAGCGAGUUACUAUCACUGCAAACCGCUGGUCGGUCGCAGCUAGACUCAGAAGCCCUUGACGAGAACCUGACCGAAGAUGGCGAGCUUGAUACACUAGACGAAGGCCUCCACGCUUUUCAAGAGCCACUGUUCCCAGUGCCAACUCAACAGUCGCAAGGCGCGGUUCUCCCAGCACAUGAUGGACUCGGCUCGUUCCAGGCGUCAAGUCCCCCAGUCUUAGAGCAACUAUGGAGGCACGAGCAGUACAAUCCCAAGAGAAAGCAUGAUGGCCACCAUCGCAGACCUUCUAGCGUUCAGAGGCGGCUCGACACAAUCGAGGAGCUGGAAGCACAGGCGAACGAGGACAAACGAGUACGCAUAGAGAAGUGGCGUUUGGAUCAGUCAGAAGCAUGA